UUCUAAAUUACUGAGUUUAACACAGAACACUUCUUUUAUUUUCGAGAAGUUUCCAGAUCGUCUAAUCCGAUAAUAUAGAAACGUCAGGUAAAAUCUGAGGGUAUUGCCCGAGUUUGUGAGUGACGAUUUUUCCGGAAAAGACACCAUGUCAUACGAAGUCGUUGUUUUGAAGGAAGGCUACAGCAAAGCGGAGGGCCAAGGCCAGCAAAGAGCAUGUGGGAGUAUUAGCUUGAUCAAGGGCCCUAAGAAUAUUAUUGUGGAUACUGGUAAUCCUUGGGACAGAGACCACAUUCUGGAUGGUCUACAGAAGAAUGGACUCUCCCCAGAAAAAAUAAACUACUGUGUGUGUACCCACGGCCAUUCUGAUCAUGUUGGGAAUCUGAGCAUCUUUUCCAAUGCUGUACACAUUCUCUCCUAUGAUGUGUGUGUGGGAGACCAGUACCAAAUGCAUGAUUUUAAAACAGGAAUUCCUUAUGAGAUAGAUGAUGAUGUUGAAGUAGUCCCCACCCCUGGACACACGGGGUCCGACAUCUCAGUCAUUGUCAGUAACACAGGUCUGGGGACCGUGGCAGUGACAGGUGAUUUAUUUGAAUGCCUGGAGGACUUGGAAGAACCCAGUUUAUGGCAGGACAAUAGUGAAAAUCCAGAACUCCAACAAGAGGGCAGGAUAGACGUGCUGGGAAGGGCGGAUUACAUAGUUCCUGGACAUGGUAAAAUGUUCAAGGUUCCCGAUGAGUACAAGAGGUCGUCCAUGAGGGUUGUAAUGUACGAGGAGGAAAUCAGCCAAUCAGGGGAUCAAAUAUCAGCAGUCUGUGAAUAUACAGUGGUGGAGGAGGAUUCUUGAAAUUCAGUGAAAGGCCAUGUGUGAUCUAAAAAUAGAUCUUAUGCAACUAGGAAGUUUUCUUAAAAUUUUCUUAAUGUCUGGCCACAACCCUGUACUUCAUUUGAUAAUGCAUAUACACUGUUACAGUAGUUUUGUGAUUACAUUAUUGAAUCUGGCUGUGUCUGAUUCAUCUUGAAAAAAAUGUCAUCUGUCAAAGUGAAUGGUAAAUAUCAUCAUAAGGGUUGUUGAUCUAGACAAUAUGUUACUGAGUACUGUUAAAUGAAAUAUUUACAUACUGCAUUUAUCACAUGUUGAGGUGUAUAUGUGGUACAUUGUGAGGUUUAUUAGCAAAACUUGUGUACAGUGUUCAAAAAUGUUUUCAAUAUCAUUUAAAAGUUCUUCCAUUAUACUGUUAUAUAACAUAGUGAUUUGGUAUUGAAACAUUCCCUUAGAAAACCCAAAUAUUUCCUUGUCAGCUUACACCAGACUAUUGUUCAACUUGAACACUAUAGAUCUAGUAAACCAGGCUGAAAAUGUUUUUAGCUCACCUGAGCCGAAGGCUCAAGUGAGCUUUUCUGAUCACAUUUUGUCCGGCGUCCGUCUGUCCGUCUGUCUGUAAACUUUUCACAUUUUCGACUUCUUCUCAAGAACCGCUGGGCCAAUUUCAACCAAACUUGCCACAAAGUAUCCUUGUGUGAAGGGGAUUCAGCUUUGUUCAAAUGAAGGGUCACGCCCUCAUUCAAGGGGAGAUAAUUGGGAAUUAAUGAAAAUUUGGUGGCAUAUUUUAAAAAUCUUCUUCUCAAGAACCACUGUGCCAUGAAAGAUGAAACUUAUGGGGAAACAUCCUUAGGUAGUGUAGAUUCAAGUUUGUUCAAAUCAUGACCCCCGGGGGUAGGGCGGGGCCAAAAUGGCCGACCAAAGAUUUACAUAGAAAUAUAUAGGAAAAUUCUUUAAAAAUCUUCUUCUCAAGAAUGACAAAGCCAUAAUUCAUCAUAUUUAUAUGGAAGCAUGCUCAGGUAGUGUAGAUUCAAGUUUGUUCAAAUCAUGACCCCCGGGGGUAGGGCGAGGCCAAAAUGGCCGACCAAAGUUUUACAUACUAGAAAUAUAUAGGAAAAUUCUUUAAAAAUCUUCUUCUCAAGAAUGACAAAGCCAUAAUUCAUCAUAUUUAUAUGGAAGCAUGCUCAGGUAGUGUAGAUUCAAGUUUGUACAAAUCAUGACCCCCGGGGGUAGGGCGGGGCCAAAAUGGCCGACCAAAGUUUUACAUAGAAAUAUAUAGGAAAAUUCUUUAAAAAUCUUCUUCUCAAGAAUGACAAAGCCAUAAUUCAUCAUAUUUAUAUGGGAGCAUGCUCAGGUAGUGUAGAUUCAAGUUUGUUCAAAUCAUGACCCCCAGGGGUAGGGCGGGGCCAAAAUGGCCGACCAAAGUUUUACAUAGAAAUAUAUAGGAAAAUUCUUUAAAAAUCUUCUUCUCAAGAAUGACA